AUGGAUCGCUCAAGAAGACGCGAGUUGCGCUCGCUGAAUGCGCGCGCAUGGGAAGGCGACUCGACCGUCUUCCCGGUUGGAAAGUCCCUCGAUUCAUCUCUCAAGAAGAAUACCGCCUUUAUCAAGCGACUGCGAACCGCAAUUUCCUCUGCCACUCUCAACACCUUUCUACAGGAGAUCAAGACCCUGAGCCUCACCAAGUAUCUCUCCGAAAUCAUCUCGGCAUGCUACGAAGGUCUCUGCAAGCUCAAGUCGCCCGGCGAAAUCGAUGCCGGAGUCGAGAUCGUAAGCGCUCUACACCAGCGCUUUGGACCCGCCGACUUUACCGAGUAUCUGGGAUGGCUGCUUGGCAAGGGCAUGGCUACGCCCGACAAGAGCCUGCUGAAGACUUUGGCCCCUGAAGUUCGCGAGAAAGAAGAGAAGGAACGACUAGUCCGACAACGAUCCCUGCUACGAGUAGUAACGGAGCUUUGGCUUCUCGGCGUGCUAAGGACGCUCGACGAUGUGAAACCCGAUAAUGCAGCUGCUGGCAAAGAUACCGGACUGAAAGUGAAGACUACCACAUCCGCCAAGACUGGUGCUGCGGAGCCUUUCCCCCUCGAAGUCCUCAAGGACCUGCUGGGCCAUGACCGGGAGCACUCGAACCUUCCACUGCUUGUGAUUUUCGUCAAAACCUUCAGCUGGGACAUACUUGGUGCCAGAACCUCCGCCUCCGAAGGCCGAAAGACCGUUGAGGAGGAUGGUGCGACUAGAGCUUCCGAAGAAGCCCCCGAAGCCGUCAACGGAACAAAUGGCGCAUCGGAGAACAUCUCGGACGACUCCCCAUUUACCACGCACGAGCUCCAAGAGCGAUUUCGCAAUAUUCUUAAGCGAUAUUUCGAUGACGUCAAAGCCCAUAUUGUCCGCGACCAGAAGCACAUCGCCGCCCAGAAAGGUCGCAACUCGGAAGCCUAUGUCAAGUCUGGUGAGGUGUUUGAGGAUCGUCAAGCCAACUUUGACCGUCUUCUGAAGGCCCAGGAGCGCCUCAUCAGCAAUGCGCAGGUCCUUGCCGAAGUUAUUGGUGCCGAGAUGCCGGACCUGAAAGAUGCCGCAGACUCGCUUGGCGCAACGAACAGCUCCAUCGGUCUCGUGAAAACAGGCGAUUAUCUACGCGGACAAAGUGACGGUGCGGGCAUUUGGGAAGACGAUGAAGAACGCCGUUUCUACGAAAACUUGGUCGACUUGAAAGGCAAAGUCCCAGGUAUUCUCCUUGAGGAUGGCAAAAAGAAGAAGGCCGACAGCGACGAGCAGGUCGGUAAGAAGUCGGAAAUUUCGGAUGUGCAAGAAGCUCCUAAGCCUGCUGAUUCUACUGAUGACCAGUCUACAGCCAUUGCCAACAAGACCAUCGGAGCGCAAGUCGAUGCCCUUCUGACACAACUUCCGGAUAUUACGAACAAGGACGCCGUGGAUGAGACUGCCAUCGGUUUCUGCUUCCUCAAUUCCAAGGCGUCGCGAAACCGUCUCAUCAAGGCUCUGACUGAGGUCCCCAAGGGACGUACGGAUCUACUCCCCUACUGGUCCCGACUCAUCGCCACGCUUGGCCAGUACAUGCCCGAUGUCCCCAAAGGGGUUGUUGAGUACCUGGAUGCAGAGUUCAGAAGUUUGCAGCGACGAAAGGAAAAGGAUUUCCUUGGACAAGUGCGAUUGAGCAAUAUCCGUUAUCUGGCUGAGUUGACCAAGUUCGGAAUUGUUCCCGAGCAUGUUGUUUUUCAUUGCUUGAAAGUCAGCUUGGACGACUUCUCCCGGAUGAACAUCGAGAUUAUUUGCAAUCUGCUCGAGAACUGUGGACGCUAUCUCCUGCGCAAUGCUGAGACUUCUCCGCGCAUGGCAACUUUUCUCGAGACUCUCCAGCGCAAGAAAUCAGUACAGCAUAUUGGCCAGCAGGAACGUAUGCUUAUCGAGAAUGCGGUAUACUUCGUCGAUCCUCCUGAGAGGGCUGCCAUCCAACAGAAAGAACGAACACCGACCGAGCUCUUUAUUCGAAAGCUCAUCUAUGUUGAUAUGACAAAGCGAAACUACACCAAGAUCCUCAAGCAGAUCCGACGUCUUCACUGGGAGGAACCCGAGGUUGUCACGAUCCUCGCCAAAGUGUUUUCGAAGCCCGGCAAGGUCAAGUAUGGCAGCAUUCACAUUCUGGCUAUUUUGCUGAGCGCGAUCUACCGAUACCACCCUGGUUUCGUUCUCGUGGUUAUUGAUAAUGUCCUCGACUCUGUUAUGCUGGGCCUAGAGCAAAAUGAUUUCAAGUACAACCAGAAGCGAAUUGCAGAGAUCAAGUACUUGAGCGAGCUCUAUAACUAUAGAAUGCUGGAGCAUCCCGUGAUCUUUGAAACCAUGUACAAGAUAACAACCUUCGGCCACGGCGGUGCACCCGUGCCAGGCAGGCUCAACCCCUUCGAUUUGUCUGACGACUAUUUCCGCAUACGUCUCAUCGCAACAGUUCUCGAGACUUGUGGGAUGUACUUCAAUCGAGGUGCCGCCGGCAAGAAACUGGAUUAUUUUCUCUCUUUCUUCCAGUACUAUAUCUUUACCAAAGCACCAUUACCUAUGGAUAUUGAAUUCAUUGUCCAGGACACUUACUCUCUCACACGCCCUCAAUGGAAGCUUGCUACAUCACUCGAAGAGGCAUCGAAGGCUUUCCAGCUAGCCAUAGCUCAAGACCAGAAGAACGCAGGCCUGGAUAAGGCUGUUGAUCCUGAAGAUGCCGAAAGUGACGCUUCAUCGGACGACGAGGGGGCAGAUGGCGACGAAAUCCUGCCCGAAGCCGAUGGAGAGGAGGAUCAGAACUCAGAGGACGAUGAUGAAAACGACAUUGAGGAACUUGAGCAGCAACUGGACUCUCCUCGCUACUCGGAAUCGGAAGAUGAGGAGAUUGUCGUAACCCGUGAAACAGGAACCGUCGACCCUGAGGAAGAGGCUGAUUUUGAGCGUGAGUAUGCUAAGAUGAUGGCUGAAAGUCUAGAAUCCCGGAAGUUCGAUCGCAAACCACUCUUUGAUGUUGCCCUGCCAAUGCGAUCUUCCAAGGCACGAGACACUCCCAAGGCAGCCGAGGCCGACGCUCUUCCAAACGUGAUGGCUUUCUCACUUCUGACCAAGAAGGGAAACCGCCAACAGACACGUACUGUCGAGCUUCCUUCGGAUUCCACAUUCGCUGUUGCCAUGAAAACCCAACAACAAGCAGAGCGAGAGGAGCAGCAACGCAUCAAGAACCUGGUUCUGAACUACGAUCUUCGUGAGAGCGAGGAUACUGAUGGUGAUACAACAACGAACUCCCCUUUGCCGAACACCAAUAUUCACAAUUCCAUGAAAGCAGGUCACGAGAAGACGGCGACAUUCCACAUCAACCGCCCAGAAAUCAAGGGUGAAAAGCGCGGCUCUCAAAGAGUGCGCAGGCUUGAAAUGAACGACUUGGAUUGGUAUGACAGGACCCACAAAGAAAACAAGCGAGUCCCGGGCGUUGAGUCCCCUACAGCAGUAGGAGCAAGUGAUGAGAUCCAGGACGUAGGAGACCCAAGAAGCAAGCGCGAGGGGUUAGGUAUCUUCAGCAAGCGUGGAGAUACAUGCCGAGGAUCUCAUACUCGACGCUACCGUUCCGGCCAUGGCAAGGCCAGAGCUCGCAAAGUUUGA